AUGGAGGCGUGAUGGAGUGUGGGCCGUGGGAUCUAGAGAUUGAGGAAACGAAAGGAGUCUUUAAGUGGAAAGAGGAGAGAGCGAUCUAACCCUUUUGGCAUCAUCGCAUCAGCGUUUGCGUUUCUUCGCGAGUUGCGCUGAGUUAAGAAGAAGGUGGUGAGAGCGUCUGCAAUGGAAAGCCGUCGCUGUUAGGGUUUCGUCCACAUUGCAUUUGGGAGGUCACGCUAUACACACCCAGGGAUUUUUGAGGAAUCUCGCAUCUCAAUAAGUCGCGAUUGCUUUCGACAUUUUUUUUAUUGGAAGCGAAUUGGGAAACGGACAAACUGACAUUAGCCGAUAGGGUAUGAGAGAAGUACACCCGUCACUGGGUUUUAUGAUAUUUUGCUUUAAAAUUUGGAGGAUAAGACUUGAUUUGUGCUUCGGGGUAUUGGGGUUUUUUUCAGAGAUUGUUGUGUGGGAGUAAAAUUUGUUGUCGGCGUUGAUAUGUGCAGUUGUUGGAGUUUUAUCUUAUGGCACCUACUGUACCUAUAGAGUUUGCUGGACAAAAGGAAUCCAGAAAGUACUCUCAUUCACAGAAUAUGGGGAAGUCUAGGAAAUAUUCCAAAGCUUAUGCUACUGGUUUUGUUCCCGAUUUUCGGCAUGCUGUUGAGACUAUGGGUGAAUCAGAAGGGUUGGGCAGCUUGGGAAGGGUUGAUACGGAGCUUACGGCAUCAGCAGAUUCUUGUGCACCAAAGAGGAAAUGCCCUGGUUUGAGCACGGGUGGUUAUGGUAGUUUUGAUGUACCUUUUCAACUUUUCUCUUUGUCAAGGAUGUCGGGUUUUGAGAGAAAGGAUUUGAAAACAAGGUUGACAUGGGAACUUGAACAAGUAAAGGAAUUUCAGAAGAAAGUUGAAGCUAUGAACUCAAAUGCUCUAGUGUUAUCACCCUCCAGUGACAUUAGGAGCUGCAGUGCAGGGCAGAAGAGGCCUAAGUUGGAGAGCCAGCAUUUGGCAAUGGAAGUAUCGGUGCCACAUGGUAAGAAAAGGCCCUUACCUGGAAAUAGUGGUCCCAGGACAAAGAAAAGUAUAUCUGGACGUCCUGAACUUCCCAAACCUGCUGCGCCAGUGGCCUCACAUGCUGCGAUGAUGAAACCGUGUGAGGCAUUACUUAACCGAUUGAUGACUCAUCAAUUUGGUUGGGUUUUCAACACACCUGUUGAUGUUGUUAAAUUGAACAUUCCGGAUUAUUUCACUGUCAUCAAACAUCCAAUGGAUUUGGGUACUGUGAAGAGGAGAAUAACCUCUGGUGAAUACACUAAUCUCUUGGAUUUUGCUGCUGAUGUGCGACUGACUUUCUCAAAUGCAAUGACAUAUAAUCCACCUGGCAAUGAUGUACACGUCAUGGCUGAUACCCUUAAUAAAAUGUUUGAAUCGAGAUGGAAGGCGAUAGAAAAAAAAAUUCCUGUUAUUGACUGUGUCCCGUCUGAGCCUUCUAGACCUACUCGUGUGGAAACAGAAAUUUCUGAUCGAGUUCCUCCCUCAAAAAAGAAGAAAAUAACAUCAAAUAGUGUCAAGCCUGAGCCUCUUAAAAAAAUCAUGAGUGUAGAGGAGAAGCAUAAAUUGAGUGUAGAGUUGGAGGCCAUGCUUGGAGAGCUUCCUGAUGCUAUUGUUGAUUUCUUGAGAGAGCAAAGUUAUAAUGCAGGGCAAACCAAUGAUGAGGAAAUUGAAAUUGAUAUUGAUGCUCUUAGUGAUGACACCCUGUUCAAACUGCGGAAGCUUCUGGAUGAUUAUUUGCUGGAGAAGCAAAGAUCUCAGACAAAAGCUGGACAAUGUGAAUUGGAGCUCCUGAAUGAAUCAGGGUUCAGUAAUUCACCGGUGCAGCCUUGCAAAGUCAAUGAACAAGUUGAGGAGGACGUGGACAUUGUUGGUGGUAAUGAUCCUCCUAUUUCAACUUAUCCUCCAUUAGAGAUCGACAAAGAUGGUACCAAUAGAAACAGUAAAUGCACCAGUUCAAGCAGUUCUAGUAGUGAAUCUGGCACUUCAUCCAGUGAUUCAGACUCGGGUAGUUCAUCUGGAAGUGAGUUGGAUAUAGCUAAAACAUCAGAACCUCUUAGUGGUACCAAGGAAAAUGUAGGUUCUGGCUUGACUUUAGAUCAAAACAAAGGGGAUCCUGGUAAUUCAGAAACUGGAAAGGAUUCGACGAAUGUUGGUGGCCAAGUUGAGCAGACUUCCCAGAGUAAGCUUGUUGCUUCUGAAUCAGAAAGCCAUCAAGAGGGGGAGAGUGCUGCAUCUAAGAGGCAAGUCUCUCCCGAAAAGCUCUAUCGUGCAGCUUUAUUAAGGAGCCGUUUUGCUGACACCAUUCUUAAAGCUCAAGAGAAAGCCCUUGAAAAGGAUGAAAAGCGGGAUCCUGAAAAACUUAGGUUGGAGCGAGAAGAACUUGAAAGGCGACAGAAAGAAGAGAAAGCACGGUUACAGGCAGAGGCAAAGGCUGCAGAAGAAGCUCGGAGGAAGGCUGAAGCAGAAGCUGCAGCUGAAGCCAAAAGGAAAAGGGAGCUGGAAAGAGAAGCAGCCCGUCAAGCUUUGCAAAAGAUGGAGAAAACUGUCGAUAUAAACGAGAGCAGUCAAUUUUUGGAAGAUCUUGAGAUGCUGAGUGCUGUACAUGACGAACCUAUGCCAAGUUUUAAAGAGGAGACAAGCGCAGAUCUACCUCAAAAUGGAUUGGGUAGGAUCAACCUACAGGGGAAUCCCUUAGAACAGCUAGGUUUGUAUAUGAAGGAUGAUGAGGAGGAGGAAGAGGAGGAACUGCCUGUGAGUGGUGCUGCUGGACCAUUAAAUGAUGUGGAAGAAGGAGAAAUUGACUGACUGUGACAUUAUUUUGGCCAAAAAAUACAUAAACGGUGGUUCUUGCGAGCAGUUGCUUGACUAAGGAGGGAUGCUGCUUUUUCGGGUGGCUAUGGUGCGGAAUAUAUCACUAUUUGUAUGGUCUGAUGCUAGUUCACACCUAAGUUUGAAGAUGGACAGCGAAAACUUAUAGCAAAGGAGUGAAUAUUGGUUUUUGUUUUGCUUCUUUCUGAUUAUUUUGGUUUUAACUUGAGAAAUGAUUUCCGAAAAUGUGGAUAGCUAGCUCGCAGCCCCAUUUAUUGAAGGGCUUUGGUAACUUGGAUGGGAAGUUUGUAUCAAUCAAGAUGUCCAAUUUUGCAUGUAAAAAUGAACUCAUUUGUAACGAGUUCUGUGUCUGACUUCCAAGUAGUUUAGUUUCUCUGACAAUGUAAAAUAUUUUAGAGCCAGGGUAAAAAUCAAUUCUUUCUAUUUA